AUGACCCUUUCCUGCCCUAUCUGGCUUCGCGUAUUCCUUCUCGUUCUGGAGAUCGCGGUGUUCUUACCCCAACUCUUGCGCAUCUGGGUUCAAAAGACGAGCACCAGCCUCUCCCUCAUCUACAUAUUUUUGAAUCUCCUUAGUGCCACCGAACGGUUUACCGUCGGUUUCUCAGUAGUCGUCAACUCGACCAUCGCCGGCGCCGAUGCGCCAGCCUUUUUCGUCCAUGAUCCGAGAACAGUGGGAGAUUGGCUGAAUCUGUUGCAGCUAGGUCUCGAUUGGGUGCUGCUCUUGCUCUUCUUCAUUCUAUGUCUCACCUAUCCCCCUCCCCACUCUCCCUACACCAGCCAGACACGCAUCCUAGUCGCCGUCCUGUAUACGGCGUUCACCCUGAUCUCCGUCGUCCCACUUUUCACUGACGCUCUCUUCCCCUCCAUUUUCCACGAACCGGGUGAACGUGAACUCGAUUUGGGCGUGGCCAUAUUUAUGGGGUUCCAUCUCUUUUACCUCAAUACCAUAUUCACACUUCUCAGCAUCUGCUCGAUUAUUCCUCAGGCCGUCCAAUUUCGCUCGCUCCCGUUGGAUUCCGGUGUGGUUAGAGUGCGGGACUGCGCUCUCCAAGGGGUAGUAUUGGCCAUGUUAACUGUGUCGUGGGUGUUCCGAGUGAAACUCCCGGAUGGGGUCGAUGUCCUAACGCCGUUCCGAUCCCUUAUCUGGUAUGUAUGGGUAGGUUGGCCGGCCGGAGGUACGGGGAUAUUUGCUUUAGUCCAGGGGGGUUUGGCUGUCUUGGGGCUGGUAGGUAGAAGGAGAGUGGGUGGUAAGGGAGUGAGCGUAAGAGGGGGAGAAACGGAUCCGCUUCUACAAGGAACGGGGGAUGUGGUAGAGGAACAAGGUUAG